GACAACUCAACGCUUGGCUCAAGGAGUGAAAAGUAUCAAGAUGGUAGAGAGGGAGUAAGGUGGCUCGAGGAGGCGCAGAGCAGUCUGCGGUCUACGCACAGUAGGAUUCGAAGUUACUUCUUCCCCGAGUCCGCCAACGUAACCAUGUUUGGGAUGACACUCCCGGUUCUUCGUUGGAUUACCCACUUUCUUCACUUUGCCUUGGUUAUCAUUCAUAUUGUAUUCCUCAAAAUACACGCGACACGUGCGGAGCAAUACUGGAUCAAUACCGUUCUUCAAGAAGGAUCCAGGUUGCCGACGAUUCUGAGCGUAAGCCAGCAGGCAUUUUACACGGUGUACUCGACGAUACUUGUCACACUCACCCAGCGACUUGGGCUACUUCGCGCUCUACAUCGUCGACAGUCGCUGACCACACUGUCAGACGCAUCGAGUGCAUGGAGCGGCCUUGGUAGCGCCCUGGUAUCAUUGUGGAACAACACCCACAUGCCCGCAGGGGUGGUUUCUUCCACCAUUAUCACCGCUUAUCUUGGAUGUGCCCUUGUGCUUCAUGUUGUGAGCAGUAGCAUCAUGUCUAUGGCGCCUACCGGCUAUCAGACCGUUCAGAAUGCAUCCGCGCCAAUCUGGGUUAUGCGUGGCUGGCCUGUUAACCUCAGCAAAGAAUCUGCAAAAUAUUUCGACUGGACCACUCUUGUCGGGUUUACGUUCAAACACGAUGGUAUGCCAUCUUACGAGGAGCCUGGUUUAGAUGGGACCACCGUGUACGAUACGGUCGAUACAUCAGAGUGGGCCGGGACGAUCCAAUUAAAUGCCACUACAGUUGAUUUUAAAUGUGGCCUUGUUCCAUCGGCUAACAUGACGCUGACGACGAAAGCCUCUGCCGAGAAUACUCUGGUUUGGAACGGCUAUGCUUCAAACACAUCACUAUCGGUUCCUUGGAUAAAUCUCGUGACAUAUAACGAGCAAAUGACAAAUCUGAUCAAUGGCUCUGGCGUAGACGUCGUUUAUAUGAUCACCACCGCUCUCGACUCCUCAUCUUCAUUGGACAACGCAUAUGGAGUUCCGAUGAACUGGACCUACUCCAAUGGCACAGGUAUUCAGCAAGCGAGAGUGCAAGCUUUUUUCGCAGGUUGCUCGAUGAUAGCCGCCUCGAAAAAUGUACUCACGGACAUUCAAACCAACGAGGUACUGAGUUGUCUGCCACCAUCAAGCGAUGAUGGUCAGCAAAUGUGGCAGGGUUUACCGAAUGGAAACUCGUAUACAAAUGUCUUCACGAACGGCUCAGGGGAGACUUUGGGUAAUAUGACGCAAGGCUCGGAGGUAGCUAGUCAGACAACUACAGAAGCCCACCAAUGGUUGUCCCUAGCACUGGCAAAAUCGCCGCACUCUACCAUCAGAAUAUCGGAUUUCGGGGGGCCAGGAUACACAAUUUCGACUGCUGACUACUAUUUGAUGAGACAGCUAGGAAUUGAUACUUCGUCUCUGGCCAAUAAUAGCUCACAGAUGUCUACCACUGCACCUCCCAACCCGACCUUCUCCCUCAACGUGACCAACCUUGAGAGUGCACUCGCCAAAACCGCAGCCAAGAUUCUAAACACACUAACAUGGUUUGAACCUAUGGCACCAGAUUAUAUACAAUCUACCCCGGUAGAAAGCCGAGAGUACAGGGUCGAAGUAGAAGUGCCGAAAAUUGUUCUGAUUUCCAUGCUCAAUAUUAACUUGACUCCGCUUCUUUUCGCGUUCUUUGCCUCCUUCAUCAUGCUCGUCAUAUCUGUCUAUGUCGUAGGGUUUCAGAGCCGUGACAACCUGGUUGUUCGCAACGCCAGUAUGCUCGAGACCCUAUGGCUGGCCAAUCGCAACCCACUCCUUCGGGACAGGUUUGACGAGGUGAAUGACCCUACCAUUGAUAACCUUAGAGCGGCCGGGAUGUUUGAGAUCUGCUUGUCAGAAGACUUCGACAGCGGGAGGGUUAAGGCAAAAGAGAAGGAGUUCGACAUCGCAGCAUAUUUAUAACUAGACACGAUACGUCAGCCACCUGUUGUUUCUUCUCAAGCCAACUCAGCCUUGAUAGCUCUUUAUUACGUUCUUACAUCUACAUGCUCGUACUUGGGGAGCCAGGGUCACGAAGUUUCACUAAGCGUUUAUUCAGUCAAUCCAUGCUUAAUUUUGCC